CGGCCGCGGCCAGCGACGGGUCGGCGGUCUCCCCGGAGCUUCCCGCGAGGCGCCCGACGGAGCCGCCGAGGAAGGCGCGCGGCGAAAGUUCGGGCCGGCCAGGCGCUCGCGGCGCGCAAGACGCUCGGCCGGCCGCCGGAGGGGAGGCGCCGUGGCCCCGGCAGGCUCGAGGCGAGGGGGGAGCCCGCCGGCCGCGAGGACGGGCGGAGGACGCGCGCCCGGCCGUCGAGGGUGACCGAGCGGCAGGUCGUGGCCGGCAGCCGGAGCCAUCUUGAAGCCCCCUUCGGAGCCGCCGCCAGGUGGGCGACGCGACGCGCGGCAAGCGGGCGCUCGGAGCCUCGCGGGGCAGCGGCGCGCGCCCAUGGACGAGGCCGGAUGAGCCGCGCCGGCGGGUGGAUGGACUGGGGCGCCCGCGGGCCUCGGGAGCCUCGGAGAUGCUGGCCGCCUGGCUGCUGGCGGGGCUGCUGGCGCUGGCGGGGCCGGCCGCGGGCUGGGAGCUGCGCCUCUCCGCCGGCGGGACUGGGGGCGGCCCCGGGCCCGGCGCCCCGCUGCUGGACCUCUCGCUGGGGCCCGGCUGGAGCUACGCGCUGGACCGCACUCGGACGGCCCGCCCGCUGAGGGACGCCGUCGAGGUGACGCGGGACGGGCUUCUGCGGAGGACCGGCGCCCCCCUGGCCUGCGCCGCCGUGGCGCGCAACCCGCUGCCGCUCCGCUUGCGCCUGCUGCCCUCCGCCGGCGGCGCCCUCCUCUCGCUGCGCCUGGCGGCCUACCUGCGCGGCCCCGGCUGCCCCAGCGCGGCCCGCGGCCGGACUCCGCCUCGCCUGGCCCUCCUCCCCGCCGGCCCGCCAGCCGCCCUCCACAGCGAGGGCAGGCGUCUGCUCGCCGCCCUCACGGCCCUGACCAGCUUCCCUCAGUGUCGCUGCCCCGACGGCCUCCCCUGGGCCUGCGGGGAAGGGGCGGAAGGGGGCCCGCGGCCCGCGGCGGGGAAGCACCUGCAGCUGCUUUGUCACCUGAGGAGGACCAAGGGGGACAUCCUGGUAGACCUCGGGGCCGGGGCUGGAGAAGAGGGGCCGGAGAGGCUGACGGUGGGAAGAAACAGAGAUGCCCCGUCCGAGGUCGGGCAUGAGGCCCGGCCUCGGGGUGCCAGGAGGUUGAGGAGCGUGAACAACCCACCCCAGUUCAAGCUGCCCAAUUAUCAGGUCUCCAUCGCCGAGAACCAGCCUUCCGGCACCACGGUCAUCACGCUGGAAGCCCACGACCCCGAUGAGGGGGAGGCAGGUCGGCUGGCGUAUUCCAUGGAGGCGUUCUUUGACCGGCGGUCCGAUGACUACUUUUCCAUUGACUCCGCGACGGGCGUAGUGGUCACCACACGUAGUCUGGACCGGGAGACCAAGGACACCCACGUGCUGCAAGUCACCGCGACGGACCAUGGCGCCCCACGGCAUCGGUCGGCCAUCACCUUCCUGACGGUGACUGUGAGUGACACCAACGAUCACGGCCCGGUGUUUGAACAACCCGAGUACCGAGAAACCAUCCGAGAGAAUCUUGAAGUGGGUUAUGAGGUGCUGACUAUUCGUGCCACAGAUGAGGAUGCCCCAGACAACGCUAACUUGCUCUAUCGUAUCCUGGAGCCUCGGGCCGGGGAGGGAAUUUUUGAGAUUGACCCGCACUCUGGUGUUGUGAGGACUUGUGCCCCUGUGGACCGAGAGGAGGUCUCUGAAUACCAUCUUGUAGUAGAAGCCAAUGACCAGGGCAAAGACCCAGCCCCUCACAGUGCCACAGUCACAGUACAUAUCAUAGUGGAAGAUGAAAAUGACAAUUCUCCACAGUUCAGCGAGAAGCGCUACUUGGUACAGAUCCCAGAGGAUACAGCAAUAAACAGCCAGGUUCUGCAGGUGCAGGCCACGGACCGAGACCGGGGCGGCAACGCCCAGGUGCACUAUAGUAUUGUGAGUGGGAAUCUCAAAGGCCAGUUCUACAUCCAUUCUUUCUCUGGCUCUAUUGACUUGAUCAACCCCUUGGACUAUGAGACCAUUAGAGAGUAUAACUUGAGAAUCAAAGCCCAGGAUGGCGGAAGACCUCCGCAAAUCAAUUCUAGCGGGAUGGUGUCCAUUCAAGUGUUGGAUGUCAAUGAUAACGCCCCUAUCUUUGUAAGCACCCCUUUUCAAGCCACAGUACUGGAGAAUGUCCCGCCGGGAUACUCGGUAUUACACAUUCAGGCAGUAGAUGCUGACUCCGGGGACAAUGCCCGCUUGGAAUACAAACUCAUUGAACCAUCUCAUCCUUCUGCUCCGGUGUCCCCAAGCGGAGGCACCAAUUUUCCCUUCCAGAUCAACAAUAGUACCGGGUGGAUUACAGUAUCAACUGAGCUUGACCGGGAGACUGUGGAGAGCUACCACUUUGGUGUGGAGGCUAGAGACCAGGGAGUACCUGUCAUGAGUUCCUCGGCCAGCGUGUCUAUCACCGUUCUCGAUGUCAACGAUAACAGCCCUACAUUCACGGAGAAAGUUUAUCAGCUCAGGCUUAAUGAAGAUGCAGCAGUGGGCAGCAGUGUCUUGACUCUGACAGCAGUGGACAGAGAUGUCAACAGCGUAGUGACAUACCAGAUCACGAGUGGCAACACAAGGAACCGCUUUGCUAUCACUAGUCAGAGUGCUGGCGGGCUGAUCACCCUAUCUUUGCCCUUGGAUUACAAACAAGAGAGGCAGUAUGUCUUGACGGUGACUGCUUCAGAUGGAACUCUCUUUGACACCGUGCAGGUCUUCAUCAAUGUGACAGAUGCCAACACGCACCGGCCGGUUUUCCAGAGUUCCCAUUACACAGUGAGCGUUAGCGAAGACAAGCCCAUUGGCACAUCCAUUGUAACUAUCAGCGCCACCGAUGAGGAUACUGGGGAGAAUGCUAGGAUCACGUACGUUUUGGAGGACAAUAUCCCUCAGUUCCGCAUUGACCCUGACACAGGCACCGUCACCACUUUGAUGGAGUUAGACUACGAGGACCAAGCCGCUUACACUUUGGCCAUCACAGCCCACGAUAACGGAAUCCCGCAGAAAUCUGAUACCACCUAUGUGGAGAUCCUUAUCCUGGACGCCAAUGACAACACACCCCGUUUCCUUCGUGACCGUUACCAGGGUGCUGUUUUUGAGGAUGUGCCACUCUCCACUAGUGUCCUGCAGGUGUCUGCUACCGAUCGUGACUCGGGCCAAAAUGGCCGCCUCCUUUAUACCUUCCAGGGUGGCGAUGAUGGUGAUGGAGAUUUUUACAUCGAGGCCACGUCAGGGGUGAUACGGACGCUGCGUAAACUGGAUCGUGAAAACGUGGCUGUUUACAGCUUGAGGGCUUUUGCUGUGGACAGGGGCAUCCCGCCCCUCAAAGCCUCUGUGGAUAUCCAGGUUACGGUGCUAGAUAUCAACGAUAACCCACCAGUUUUUGAGCGCGAUGAGUUUGACAUCUUUGUGAAGGAAAACAGCCCCGUUGGUUCCAUUGUGACCCGUAUCAGUGCCAUAGACCCAGAUGAGGGAACAAAUGCCCAAAUCAUGUAUCAGAUUGUGGAGGGGAACAUCCCAGAGGUCUUUCAGCUUGACCUCCUUAAUGGAGACCUCACGGCCCUCAUGGAUCUGGAUUACGAGAGCCAGACCGAAUACGUAAUUGUGGUGCAAGCGACCUCAGCCCCUCUUGUUAGUCGAGCCACUGUGCACAUACGACUCCUGGAUCAGAACGACAACGCCCCUGUGCUACAAGACUUCCAAAUCCUUUUCAACAAUUAUGUCACUAACAAAUCCAAUAGUUUCCCUUCUGGAGUGAUCGGUAAGAUCCCUGCCCAUGAUCCUGACGUGUCUGACAAACUCAACUACACUUUUGUGAAGGGCAAUGAGUUAAACCUGCUGCUUUUAGACUCUGCUACGGGUGAACUCAAGCUGAGCCGAGAUCUGGACAACAACAGACCUUUGGAAGCCAUCAUGGAAGUCUCCGUUUCAGAUGGUAUCCACAGUGUUACAGCGUUUUGCACCUUGCGAGUGACCAUCAUCACAGACGACAUGCUGACCAACAGUAUCACGGUACGGCUAGAAAACAUGUCUCAAGAGAAGUUUCUGUCUCCUCUGCUUGCUCUCUUUGUUGAAGGUGUGGCCACCGUGCUGUCGACAACCAAAGAGGGCAUUUUUGUCUUCAACAUUCAAAAUGACACAGACGUCAGCUCCAAUAUUCUGAAUGUGACGUUCUCCGCCUUGCUUCCUGGUGGCAUUCGAAACAAAUUCUUCCCCUCUGAGGACCUCCAGGAGCAGAUAUACCUCAACAGGACACUCUUGACGCUCAUUUCAACCCAAAGGGUACUGCCUUUUGAUGACAAUAUUUGUCUCCGGGAGCCUUGCGAAAACUACAUGAAGUGUGUGUCGGUACUCAAGUUUGACAGUUCUGCCCCCUUCAUCAGUUCGAACACUGUCUUGUUCCGACCGAUACACCCUAUCAAUGGCUUGAGGUGUCGGUGUCCUCCAGGGUUUACGGGUGACUAUUGUGAAACGGAGAUUGACCUCUGCUACUCCAAUCCUUGCGGAAACAAUGGCCUUUGCAGAAGCCGAGAGGGAGGCUACACUUGCGAAUGUUAUGAAGACUACACAGGAGAUUCCUGCGAAGUGAAUUCUCGCUCUGGUCGCUGCACUCCGGGAGUAUGCAAGAACGGAGGCACCUGUGUUAAUCUGCUCAUAGGAGGUUUCAUGUGUGAGUGCCCCCCAGGAGAAUACGAGAAGCCUUACUGCGAGAUGACCACAAGAAGUUUUCCUCCCCAGUCCUUCGUUACCUUCAAGGGGUUACGGCAACGCUUCCAUUUCACUGUCUCUCUCAAGUUUGCAACCCAGGACAGAAAUGCUUUGCUUCUCUACAAUGGGCGUUUUAACGAGAAGCAUGAUUUUAUUGCCCUGGAGAUCAUUGAAGAGCAGAUCCAGCUGACGUUCUCUGCAGGAGAAACAACUACAACUGUUUCGCCAUUCGUUCCAGGAGGGGUUAGCGACGGACUGUGGCACUCUGUACAAGUGCAGUACUAUAACAAGCCCAACAUAGGAAGACUAGGCAUUCCUCAUGGACCUUCAGGGGAGAAAGUGGCCGUCGUGACCGUGGAUGAAUGUGACACAGCCGUGGCCGUGCGUUUUGGGACCCUUAUUGGAAAUUAUUCCUGCGCUGCUCAGGGAACACAGACUGGCUCUAAAAAGUCUUUGGAUCUAACUGGCCCUCUGCUCCUUGGAGGAGUUCCAAACUUGCCUGAAGAUUUUCCUGUGCACAACAGACAGUUUGUCGGCUGCAUGAGGAACCUCUCCAUUGACAGCAAACCAGUUGACAUGGCCAGCUACAUAGCCAAUAAUGGCACUCUUGCAGGCUGUGCCGCUCAGAAGAAAUAUUGCACCACCAACUGGUGUCAGAAUGGGGGCGUCUGUGUGAACAAAUGGAAUACCUACUCUUGUGAAUGCCCCCUGCGGUAUGGUGGGAAAAACUGUGAGCAAGCAAUGCCUUUCCCUCAGCGUUUCACAGGGGAGAGCAUUGUCUUCUGGCAUGAUCUUGAUAUCACUAUUUCUGUGCCGUGGUACAUUGGCCUCAUGUUCAGAACUCGGAAGGUGAAUGGCAUGUUGAUGCAAGCAAAGGCCGGAACAUCGUCCAAGAUCAACAUUCAGAUACUGAACAAUUAUGUGGUAUUUGAAGUCUACGAUGGACUGACUCAGGUGGCAAGUUUGAAAAUGACUCAGUCCCGAAUCAGUGAUGGAGAAUGGCAUCACUUGCUAAUAGAGCUGAAGAGUUCAAAAGAUGGGAAAGACAUUAAGUACCUGGCUGUUGUGUCAUUGGACUAUGGGAUGUAUCAGAGUACUGUACAGAUUGGAAAUCAGUUGCCAGGACUGAAAAUGAAAAGCAUCGUUGUGGGAGGCGUCUCGGAAGAUCAAGUCUCAGUGCAACAUGGUUUCUAUGGCUGCCUGCAGGGAGUGAGAAUGGGGGAGACGUCUACAAACGUAGCUACGCUGAACAUGCAUCAGGCUGGCAACAUUAAUGUCAAGGAGGGCUGUGAGCUGGACAAUCCCUGUGAUUUGAACCCUUGCCCCCUGCACAGCUAUUGUAGUGAUGACUGGGACAGCUAUUCCUGUGUCUGUGAUCCAGGGUACUUUGGGACAGACUGCGUUGACGUGUGCAGCCUAAACCCCUGUGAGCAUGUUUCCACUUGCAUGCAUAAACCAAGUUCUUCUCAUGGAUACACCUGUGAAUGUGGGCAAAGCUAUUAUGGCCAGUACUGUGAAAGCAAAAUUGAUUUGCCUUGUCCCAGAGGUUGGUGGGGAAAUCCUAUAUGUGGCCCGUGUAACUGUGAGAUCAGUAAAGGAUUUGAUCCUGACUGCAAUAAGACCAAUGGAGAGUGUCGGUGUAAAACAAACCAUUACAGGCCACUAAGCAGUGACUCCUGUUACCCGUGUGACUGUUUCCCUUCUGGUUCCCACACUCGCACCUGUGACACGGAAACAGGGCAGUGUCCCUGUAAGCCAGGAGUGAUUGGACGGCAAUGCAAUCGCUGCGAUAAUCCCUUUGCUGAAGUGACCGUUCAUGGCUGCGAAGUGGUUUACAGUGGAUGUCCCAAAGCAUUUGAGGCUGGCAUUUGGUGGCCUCAGACCAAAUUUGGGCAGCCUGCCGCAGUGCCGUGUCCCAAAGGAUCAACGGGGAAUGCUGUUCGCCACUGUAACAGUGAGAAAGGCUGGCUCCCCCCUGAGCUUUUUAACUGCACCACCGUCGGCUUUGUGGACCUUAAAAUAAUGAAUGAAAAGCUGCUCCGCAACGAGACCAGCAUGGACGGUGACAAGUCUGUGCAGAUUGCCAGGGGGCUUCAGAACGCCACUAACCACACAAGCUCCUUCUACGGGAACGACGUGCGAACGGCCUACCAGAUGAUGAUCCGGGUGCUGCAGUACGAGAGCCAGCAGACGGGGUUCGAUCUGGCUGCGACAAGGGACGUGGAGUUCCACGAGAAUAUCAUAAAAGCAGGCAGCGCUCUUCUGGAUCCAGGCACUAGAGAACAUUGGGAACACAUCCAGAGGACAGAGGGGGGCACCGCACACCUCUUGAAACACUACGAGGAGUAUUUUCGCAAUGUGGCAAAGAACAUGAGAAACACCUACAUGACUCCUUUCAUUAUUGUGGCCACAAACAUGAUUAUUGCUGUUGACAUCUUUGAAAAGUCUAAUUUUACGGGAGCUAAAGUGCCGCGGUUUGAUGCGAUUAAAGAAGAUUAUCCCAGAGAUCUGGAGUCGUCCAUUUUGUUUCCUGAGACUUUAUUCAGAGCUUCUGAUAGAAAAGUGGGGCCUACCGUGAAACCGCCCAAGCAUAAAUUGUCUUCUAAGAUGGAAGACGUGUUUUCAGAUAACAGAAAUGCACUUUCAAAGAGAAAGCGACGGUACCCGGAGGAACAUAACCAAUAUGCUGUGGCUGUGGUGAUUAUAUACCGAACACUGGGACAGCUUCUGCCUGAGAGCUAUGAUCCUGAUCGAAGGAGUUUAAGAUUACCCAAUCGGCCCAUCAUUAACACCCCAAUAAUCAGCGCCAUUGUUUAUAGAGAAGGGGGAUCUUCACCCAGUCUGCUGGAAAAUCCCAUUACCCUUGAGCAUACCAUGCUGGAAACCGAGGAGAGGACAAAGCCCGUCUGUGUGUUCUGGAACCACUCGAUUGCUAUCGGAGACACAGGAGGCUGGUCCUCCAAGGGAUGCGAGCUUUUCUCCAGGAACCACCACCAUAUUGUUUGCCAAUGCAACCACAUGACCAGUUUUGCUGUGCUGAUGGACAUUUCGAAGCGUGAAAACGGCGAGGCACUUCCUCUGAAGAUUAUCACCUACGCCACCGUUUCCAUCUCCCUGGCAGCACUGCUGCUCACCUUUAUUCUCCUGGUCCUGAUCCGGACUCUGCGGUCCAACCUGCAUAGCAUCCACAAAAAUCUGGUGGCUGCCCUGUUCUUCUCAGAACUGGUCUUCCUGAUAGGAAUCAACCAGACCGAUAAUCCGUUUGUGUGCACGGUCAUAGCCAUACUUCUGCACUACUUCUACAUGAGCACCUUUGCUUGGAUGUUCGUCGAACAACUUCACAUCUACCGCAUGCUGACUGAAGUGAGGAACAUCAAUUUUGGACACAUGCGGUUCUACUAUGUCAUGGGCUGGGGGAUUCCUGCCAUCAUAACAGGUCUUGCCGUGGGUCUGGAUCCAAAGGGCUAUGGGAACCCAGACUUCUGUUGGCUGUCUGUUCACGAUACCCUCAUCUGGAGCUUCGCUGGACCCAUUGUGAUUGUUGUGGUUAUCAACAUCGUCAUCUUCAUACUAGCUGUGAAAGCGUCAUGCAGACGGAGGCAGCGUUCGUUGGAAAAAACGGGAGUUAUCUCUGUACUGCGUACAGCUUUCCUCCUGCUUCUCCUGAUAAGCGCUACCUGGUUACUGGGGCUGAUGGCAGUAAACAGUGACGUCAUGACAUUUCACUACCUGUUUGCCAUCUUCAGCUGUUUACAGGGGCUGUUCAUCUUUUUCUUCCACUGUAUCUUCAAUAAGGAAGUCAGGAAACAUUUGAAGAAUACUUUUACUGGAAAGAAGCCACUUCCAGAUGAUUCUACAGCGACAAGAGCCACGUUAUUAACCCGGUCCCUGAACUGUAAUGAUACGUAUGUAGAGGAGCCAAAUAUGUAUCGCACCACUCUGGGAGAAUCCACCGUUUCCUUAGAAAGCACCGUCAGGUCAGCCAAGAGUCACAAUAGCUACCUUGCUUAUAUCCUCAGAGAUGAAGCUGCCCAGAAGCUGAGCGUUUCAUCAAGCCAAGCUAGGCCUGGUCAUGCAGAAGGCGAUUCCUCCAUCUUCCACAGGAAGCCCUCAAAAUCCAACGAGCAUGACUCCGACUCUGACAGCGAGUUGUCCCUUGACGAACACAGCAGCUCAUAUGCCUCCUCCCACUCAUCAGACAGUGAAGAUGAUGUUCUUGAAACCGAGAAGAAAUGGAACUCUGGGAAAAACAAUGACCGAGGUCCCCUGCACAGCACCCCCAAAGUUGAUUCUGUUCCCAACCAUGUGAAGCCCUAUUGGCCGUCGGAAGGCAUCGCAGCCAGCGACGGCGAGGAGCCGAGCGCCAAGCAAAAGCUGAAGGUGGAAACCAAAGUGAACGUGGAGCUCCACCGGGAAAGCCAAGCAAACCACAGCAGUGAAGUCCUGCAGGACAAAGAGAAUGAGGGGCAGCAGAAGGAGAACAAGCCCCUGGCCCAGCAGAACAACCAGCAGCCGGAACAAAGGAAAGGCAUAUUGAAAAAUAAAGUCACCUACCCUCCUCCAUUAGUGGACAAAAACAUGAAGAAUCGGCUACGGGAAAAACUGUCAGAUUAUAAUCAAACCACUCUCUCAUCCAAAGUGACUCCUGUUGGGACGAACAACGGGGUUCGCUGCACUUCGGAUUCCGGAGUCACAAUCAAAAACCCAAGAAGAGAUCAUCCUUCUGAGCAAAUCAACGGGAUGGCCAUGAGCGUCCAUGUGGGGACAGUAACGGCAGAGACCUCCGAUUCUGAAGGCAGUAACGAAACUUCAAUUUGAAUCAUCAGGAAAUAGCGACGGCCGUUGCACCUUGGGGGACUGCUCCGUUGUGACGUCGCUUGCUCAGGACCUUUCUCAAGUUGACGUCUUUUAUUGCUGCGGCAUGAGGAUGCCAAGGAUGUCGCAUCUGGGGAGAGUGUCACAUCCUGGCGUACUCGCAGUGCUCCCCAUUUCCUGGGAGGCGCGUGAGGGAUUGAUUUACAAGCACAUUCAAGUGCCUGCCUAACUGGUGCCAAAACAUGCAGAGAAAAAUGAUGGGGCGGGGGGCACGCUACAGAAGAAGACUCCCAUUUGGAAAAGCGGACAGAGCCAUAGCAGUGCUGCAAGGACUGAGGAGGGGGGCCGGUCCUUACCAAUGAAUGACUUGUUCUUCGCAAGCCCCACCCUUCUCCCCGUUUUAAAGAUUUGAUGAGGCUUUGUUUUGGAUGGCACCAGCAUGGCUGAACUCAGGAGAAAAAAGUCGUCAUCACACCAAGUGCCCUUUUCAUUCCUUCGCCGGCUUCUGCACCAACUUGUGGUGGACACUUUGUCUUAAAAUACCAUCGUUUUGAUAUAAAUGUAUAUAAAUAUAAAUAUAUAUAUAGCUGUAGAUAAUUUUAUAUAUUUUGUAUGGUGAUUCUUUUUAAAAAAAAAAGGUUGUUUUGUACAUUUCACGUAUAUGCUGAUUUUUCUUAAGAUUGAUAGCAAGAGAGCAGUUGUGAAAGAGCUUUGAUAUUUUUUAUAUUAAAAAGAAUUGCACAAGUGUACUUGAAUUUGGCAUUUAAGAGAAAGAGAGGAGACAAAAGGCAUAAUUAAUAUCUGCAUGAAACCCAACCUAAUAAGUGACAGACAACGCAGUCCUAAGCAGAGAGAGAGAGCCUUCGAAGUCCAUCCAAGUCAGUGGACUAGAAAAGGCGUAAUUCUGCUUAGUUAGUGUCUUUUUAGAAAAUGCUACUGUGUGACUUUGGAUAUCUACAUUCAUAAGCAGAAUUGAUCUGUUGGAAUAGCUUGAAAUAUCUCAAGGAUACAAAGUCUAUUUUUUUAACCUCAGCCCAAACAAAAAAAAAUCUGUUGAUGAUUUCUAAGGCAAGUCAAGGCUUUUCCCACUCUUGAUCUGCAUAUAGACGUUCUCGUUGUGCUGUGGAGUUCACACCCUGUCUCCCUGGGUUUUGAAAUUGCUCUUACCGAUAAAUUAUAUAUUAUAUUUCAAUGCCAUUUAAUUGUCAAACUAAAGUCUGUGUAACUUUGGACUCUGUCCACUAGCUUUCAUCUUUCCUGCCAACCAACAUGAUGAUUUUCUGUGGACAUUCAGCUUCUUUCUUUCUUUCUUUCUUUCUUUCUUUCUUUCUUUCUUUCUUUCUUUCUGGCAAAGCGGAGUAGGGAAAAAAGUCUAAGGAAUGCUUCAAUUAAACUCCUCAGUGGUUUAGCAGUCAUUCAUACAUAGGGUUUUGAAAUAAAUGAAAUCUUUCUCUUGCCAGGCGAACACAAAAGUUUGGACCAAAUAAGAGGCGAUGUCUGUUAGCUUUCUAUUUAUGAGCAGUUUACAAAGGAGGCUUGAGAAAUGUAAAUAUUGAUUUCGCUGAGGAUGCCUUUUGGUUUGCCUACGAGUCCUUCAUCUUCUGGGCAUAGUCCAUUGGGAAUUUCACCUAUGCAAGCAAGCCCCUUUGGUAUGAACCAAAAUUACGCUAAGGCACACUUGCAUAGCACGAAGUCUGCAAAUGGAAGCUAGGAAGGCUGUGCUCCAAAUUUUGCCUAAGCACAAAUUCAUUCAGGAAUUUCUUAUCCUUUAACUUCUGUGCCUUCUCUUCCCUGGCUCCUCUCCCCCUCCACACCAAAUUUGCAAUACAAAAGGAAUCUUGUUGGCCAACCUUAUAUUACUAGUCUAAGGAUGCUGAAAUGUUAAGUUCUUUCCAGCAGGGAAAAGCACCAGAAGAAGUAACCAUUAUGAGUGAAACAGAUCUGUGAUACCCAGCCCAUUAUUCCGAACACUUGUAAGCGGUGUUGCAUAAUGCUGAAUAGCUACUUUUGAAAAAGCCCCUCUCAGCUUAAGACUCCCCCGCCCCCCCACAACUGAAUUGCGGUGAAGGAGACAGCUUGACUGCCCAGGCCAGAAGAAGAAAAGUGAUUUGACCCACUUAAUAAAUAAAAAUAAUCCAGAACGAGAGUCCGCACCACCACCAAAAAAUCCCCCAAACCAAACCCAGAGUUCAGAGUUUUCCAUAGGACAGAUUGGAAUGAUGAUAGAGAAUCCAAGGAAAUUCCUAAAGAUGGUUUUGGAAGUGGUGGUGGUGAAGUCUGUCAAGUCACAGCUGGCUUAUGGUGACACCCCACCCCCCGGUGGGGUUUUUCAUGACCAGAGACUAACAGAGGUGGUUUGCCAUUGCCUGCCUCUGCAACCCUGGUCUUCAAUAGAGGUCUUCCAUGCAAUUACUAACCAGGGCCAACCCAGCUUAGCUUCUGAGAUCUGACAAGAUCAGGCUUGCCUGGGCUGUCCGGGUUGAAGCCGUCACUGAAAUGUCAUAUGUUGGCAUAACAACAGCCAACUUUGGACCAUUGGUUCCUUUCUCCUGUUGUGGACCUGUGUGCAAGAGAAAUUCCCAGCAGAUUAUGGGACUUUUUUGUUAGUGAAACGCUAUGUUUGGUAUCAGUUCUUUCCUGCGUAGUUUAAACAGCAUUUACUUGGUGUAUAGUAUUUGUGUAAGUGGCAGAACUACUGUGUCUUCCUUGAGGAGUCUGUGUGUGAGAAUAAGCAGAAUCAGACCAAAUAGGAUCCAGGAGUUCUGCUACAUCAAAUGAAAAUACAAACCUGCAGCAAAUUUCCUCUCUUAGACCGCACAGGUUUUAAAAUGUUCUCAAGCAGGGUGGUGUGAUUUUCAACCAUGAUUGAAGUCACCAAAGGAAAGGACCAAUUUAAAUCACCAAUACAAAUCACAUUUCAACUAAUUUGUAUAAUUACAAAACACACAUGCAUACUGUUUACUUGAUACAACCAUUAGUACAUAUCUGUUGGCAACUAAAUACAGUAAAGCCUUUGUCUUACACUCAGGAGUAUAAUCUGAAACCUCUGGUCAUGCAUUGCCUUUCUGCUCUACAGUAUUGGCAUUUACUUAGGAAUAAAUUGUGAGAUUAAGCGGGGUGGGGAUUGUUUGGUUCUCUCUAUCCACAGCCAGUGAUUGCUAAGCAAGGUCACUGACUUGAAGUGCCCUGAAUAUUCCAAAAGAAAUAAAUGGUACAAUUACAGUAUAUAGAAAAUGAUGGGAAUUAGUUUACAGUCUUGAUUAUUCAGAAUUCAUACAAUAACAAAUACAGUAUUAUAACCUACUGCAUCCUUCUUAUGAAUCUCAGAAGUCAUAUAUUCUUGCCUUUGAUUCAUGAAUUUUCGUUGAAAACCAGCCUUCAGCUCAGUGGACAUGAUCCAGCCAAAUCAAACUCUUUUAAAUCACACAUUUCCAUUACAUUGUUUUCUCAUCUAAUUAAAUAACGGUCUUCAAAUUCAUUGAACUUAAAUAUGUUUAUCUUUGGGCACAAUCCAACCAAGGGACUCAGCAUUAAGAAAUUAAAAUGGAAAUUUAAUAUAAUUGAUUUUUUUUAACAAAAUAAAAUAUUUUUAACUUUUAAAAAAUCAAUGUUUUUAUCAGAAUGCCUUUUAGAUGAGAAAGAGUCUGGCUCUUUAAAUAUUAUUGAUUUCAUGCUGUGUGAAAUUUGAUGUAAAAAUGUUUUGAAUGUGUAAUUAUCUACCUAUCACACUUGGUUGCAAGUGAAAUGAUGUUGCAACUGUUUUACAUUUGUGUGUAUAUUUUGCCUUGAUGAGAUGUAGUUUUUGAUCACAGCUGUUUACUGCAGGAGUGUCAACUGUGCUAACCACAGAAGGAGAAAAGAACCUAUUUUUUUCAAUAUUUUUAAAUGUAUGGCAGAAUAGACACUGGAGGAUUUUUUAAAAAAACAAACGUAUAUUUAUUAACGUGGAGAACACUGGAAUUGAAGCACAGAAGAGAGGAGAACUUAAUAAAUUAAAGUUUUGAAUUUGUA